AUGGCGUUCAGCUUCCCAGCUUUUUCUUAUAUUAUAGCGUUAAUUGUCGACGCCUUCCUAAUAUUUUUUUCAAUAUUCCAUGUAAUUGCAUUCGAUGAACUUAAAACUGACUAUAAAAAUCCAAUAGAUCAGUGUAAUAGUUUAAACCCGUUGGUGUUACCCGAAUACCUGCUGCAUUUAUUGAUAAACUUAUUGUUUUUACUAUCGGGAGAAUGGUUUUCGCUUCUGAUAAACAUUCCAUUGAUCUUGUAUCACAUUCACAGGUACUACACAAGGCCAGUUAUGUCUGGCCCUGGUCUAUAUGAUCCAACUAGCAUCAUGAAUGCUGAUGUGUUAACAGUCUGUCAAAGAGAGGGUUGGAUCAAACUGGCAUUUUACUUAUUGUCAUUCUUUUUGUAUCUAUAUGGAAUGAUCGUUGUGUUGAUCGCAGCAUGA